CAUAAUCAACAACCAAGAUCUGUACAUCUGGUACAUAUUUGCAUUGGUGUACAUAGCUUUCUAGUAUCUAGCUAGCAUUAUAGAGUAUACAACUACCAGUAGGAUCAAGCUAUCUUCAAAUCUUUGCUGGAUUACAAAAUCACACAGUUCAAGGCUCCUCAGCUUCUUAGCUUGUUGGCUUUCUUGAAGAUAAGGGAAUGGAAGAAGCAUCGAUUGAGUUAGUCAGGAGUGCCUAUGAUGGCGUGUGUCGUCAGUUAAACAUGGAUACCGAGUCCAGAGACGAGGCUUGGGCUACUUACUGUAGUAUUCGAGACUAUUACACCUUGGAGGGUGAGCAUGUGGAGUGGCUAGGCUGUGCUCUCUAUGUGGCUGGUCAAAGCUCUUCCCUGGAAACAGUGGAGGGUCAAGCCAUGAGUGGAAAUAACAUCUCUCUCACUCAGAUACUCCGAGAAACAAAGUUGAAUUUGAUAGAGUUCUUCAAAAAGAUGAAGAAAUGGAUUGAGAUGGCGAAAUUGCCUGAGAAUUUCCAGCUAAAGAUCGAGGCACUUGAGAGAAAGUUUGAAGUUGCUUCUAUCAUUUAUGACAAGUAUCGCAAAGUGUUUCAGGAUUUAUUCCUACUGGUGGAGGACCAGAGUGUUUCCAGUAAUACCAGACAGAGAAGCAGAAAAUCCAGGGGGAAUAGGCCAUGCUCUGCUUAUGACGUGUUCAGGUUCGGAUGGACUCUCUUCAUCCACAUCAAAAACCAGUACCCUCAGAUCAACGACGACCUUGUCAACUCCCACCACCUCCUGCUUUGCUGUGUGGACAUGCUCUAUUGCACCUGCCUCAUGGGCAAGCGCAAGGACUUGCUCAACCCCGACUGUCCUUUUCUUCCGGCGGAUUUUGACCCUGAGUACACCAUUCCCCUGGAGAUGCCGUGCAUUCUAAAGGAGCUUUGUGUCAAGUACAAUGGUAUUGAGAAGGAGUGUCGAGUGAUAAGAAACUAUUACUGGAAGCCUCCCAUUGACGUGCUGUUUGAGAACAAAGUGCUCCGCUCGAAUAUCGCUACAGUAUCUCUCUCGGACAAGCGAUUCCUCACCAUGCUCAACCCCGGGAACUUCCAGACCAACGACAAAUCCCUGAAUCGCGAGUACGAGAUGAAUGUCUUGACUCACGGUGAUUUUGACGAGAGAGUCUUCCUACACCCCAGUGCCAGCCAGAAGAUCGGAACUCCAGUGGGCGGAAUCAACUUCCGUUCCAGCCUAGACGUCCAUACACCACCUCAUCAUGUUCAAUUCGGAACCCCCCUCCUUGGACGAGAAAUGCUGGGCAGGCAAGAUCAUCAAUUGACUCCGGCAUCGGAAGCCACUCAUUCUGUUGCUCAGCUCCACAUCCUUCUUGAAAACUGUCCCCCUGAGCCGUCAGACGCACUAGCGAAGAUGUGUGGGUCGUGUAUGUCCAACCCCCUGUCUGAGAUCAAGGCCCGGGUCAAGAGACUCAGCGAUACAUUCAUUGCAAAGUCUCCUGAGGAGAGAGACCUGCCAACAGACAGCUUUGUGAAGGUCCGUCUCAAGUUGAGUAUCUCCCUCUAUUACAAGCUGUUGGACUCCAUCAUGAGAGACGAGGAACGGAAGAACCCUGACUAUGGUGCUCUCCAGGUGAUAUUAGAAUACAACCUCUUCCACACCUCCCUAUUUGCACUAUCCGUGGAAACUGUCCUCUUCUCUUACAACUCUCAAAUCAGAGUGUUUCCUUGGGUACUGGAUGUCUUUGAUGUGAGUGCCUACCACUUCUACAAGCUGGUAGAGCCAGUCAUCAGACAAGAAAGGGAUUUCCCCAGAGCCAUUGUCAAGCACCUCAACAGGGUGGAGGAGAUGAUCCUCAGCUCCUUGGCUUGGAGGUCUGGCUCUCCCCUCUUUGAUGCCAUCGAUGCCACCGGUCCAUUGCCAUCGUACGAAGACGUGGCACUCCCCACUUCCUAUGUGAGCGGGGUCAAGAAUUCGGCUCUGUUGAACCCAAGGGUCAUGUCUCUGAGUGGAGCAAAGAGCUCAUGCGAGUCCCCUCUCUCCUCACUGCAAGAGCGACUCUGCUCCCCUGGUUCCUCUGCUCGUAGGGCACUAUUCACGAAGCGAUCCACCUCGAGCAGCACAGCGCCCCCUGUACCUACUGGUGCCACACCUUCUCGUACAGCCAGUGGGGGCACCACACCCCCCAAGUCAUAUAUCCCCAUUGCACCCAAGCCAUCACAGGGGGGAGUCACCAUCACCCCUCUCAAGGGCAACGUCCUGACCAAGAAUAUGCUAACAAAAGAGCUUAACCAGAUCUUAAAAGCCCUCUCGCCUCAGAAAGAAUCCAACCUUCCAAGCCCUCAAGCUACGAAAACAGUAGGCGACCAAUCAGAUGCGGCCAUGUCAACUCCCUUAGUUUCCAGACGGGACGAUACCUCGAUCACCUCCAGUCCUUCUACACCAAUCAGGGUCCCCUGUGUCUCGAUCACGGUAAUGCCAUCUCCCCCAAAGGCCGUCUCCAUCAUCACGCCAGCUGAGCUACUCUCUGGCACAAAAGUUUCACCCAGCACAGUCACUAUUGGCAGUCUGCUGUCACCGGGAUCUCUGCAUCGUCCAGAUAUUCCCACCUCCCCUCCCAUUCCCUCGGCCACGGUCACACCCUCCCCACGUCACUCACAACUGUACACACCACCACGGCAGGGUACACCACGUGCCUCUGCCACUAAGCCAAAGAGGACAGGCUCUCUCGCUCUCUUUUAUCGCAAGAUGUAUCAGUUGUCGUAUAUCCGGAUAAAAGAUCUUUGUGAGCGGCUGGGAAUGACUAACGAGUUUGUUCAGAAAGUGUGGACAUGUUUCGAGCACUCUGUGUUGAGAUCUGCUCACCUAAUGAGGGACAGACACCUUGACCAACUUAUCAUGUGCUCCAUCUACAUCCUCGCAAAGGCACUGAGAAUUGAGGGAGUGUCGUUUCAGGAGAUAAUGAGACAGUAUCGCCACCAGCCCCAGGCAAAGAGUCAUGUGUACCGCAGUGUGCUACUGAACAAUGGACAUCAGGUCCGACCCCAGCCAGACACAUCGUCUGGGCAACAAGACACACCUGUCUCUGCCCCGCUGCCUGUCACCUCAUUCUCUGGCAAUACGGCGCCGACCAGAAACACACCCGUAGAGGAACUGCUCUAUAGGGUGGAUAUUCCCGUGGGUUCUCGUGGAGAUGUCAUCGAGUUUUACAACAAAGUGUUCAUAGGGCUUGUCAAGGACUUUGUGCUCAAGUUCUCACCAUGUGAUGAUUCUGCCAUUGGCAUGCCCAAAUUGUCACCUCUCCCUGUCAUCCGAAAGCCAGUCUCUUCUCCAAAGAAAGUGUCAAAACAUCACCAGAUCUUCGUUUCACCCCACAAGACCUCUCAAAUGCAGCUCUCUCCUCUUGCAAAGAGAUAUGUCAUUCAAAAGAGCCCCGCAACUGAUCUACAGGAGAUCAAUCGUGCCCUCAAGAGACCACUGGACCUCCGUGCUAGCCCGUAUGUUAGCAGUCCUGCUAAGCGGAUACAUCUCGGGGGUGCAAUGACUCGCAAACCUACAACAAAUUCGUUCCUGCAAGCUCUUACUUCUGUGGCUAAUGAUAGAGCAAAAUCUGCUGCUAAUUCUGAACUCAAUCAACAUUAGUGAACACACCUUCUUUUUUUAUAUAAUGUACACACUUGGACACAUGUGUAUGAGUUGUGUAUACACUCGGUGACUUUAUUGUACGACUCCUUUAUAGUUGACAAUAAUUGUGUGUGUGUGUGUUUUCUCCUUUUCUGUCUCUAUAUUGUAUGGAUCAGUGUGACUUGAGUUUUUAGAAUUAAUAA